AUUGCUAUGUUUUUAAAUUUUUGAUGAUUGAACUGAUGUAUAUAUUUAAAUGUCUUAUCUAAAAAGACUAUGGUAAUAUAAUGUUAUUCAUAAAUGAAUUAUUGUAAAAUCAAUAAUUGAUGUUAUUAAAUAUUAAAUAAGAAAAUCCACUUCACUAUUAAGUUCAACCUGUAACUUUGGCCACAUAUGCACCUUUCCUGAACGCUGAUUUGGCUUGCCUAUUUUGUGGUUGAGUAUUCCUAGGUAAUCAUCAAAAUGGGUCGCAAAGUAGUCGUGGCUGUAUGUACACUAAAUCAAUGGGCGCUAGAUUUCGAAGGAAACUUGAAUAGAAUUCUACAGUCAAUUCAAGAAGCCAAGGAAAUGGGAGCACUUUAUAGAACGGGACCAGAAUUGGAAAUAUGCGGAUACAGUUGCGAAGAUCAUUUCCACGAACCCGACACAUUCCUCCACAGCUGGCAAGUGCUAGCAGAACUGCUUAAAUCACCGACAUGCAAAGAUAUCCUCGUAGAUGUCGGAAUGCCAGUGCAACACAGAAAUGUUUCUUACAAUUGUCGCGUAGCUUUCCUCAAUAAGAAUAUUCUUCUGAUCAGACCAAAAAUGUUGUUAUGUGAAGAUGGUAACUAUAGGGAGACUCGAUGGUUUUCUGGAUGGACAAAGGACCGUCAAGUAGAAGGUUAUUAUUUACCAAGAAUGAUUACGGCGAUUACCAAUCAGACGACAGUCCCGAUAGGCGAUGCAGUCAUUUCUACUAGAGACACUUGUAUUGGUUUCGAAAUUUGUGAAGAGUUAUGGAAUCCGCAGAGUCGACACAUCCCUAUGGCACUCGAUGGAGUAGAAAUAAUAUCAAACGGGUCCGGCAGUUACAUGGAACUGCGCAAAGCGUAUGUCACCGUGGAUUUGGUCAAAAGUGCAACAUUCAAGAGCGGUGGCGCAUAUUUGUUCAGCAAUUUGCGCGGUUGCGACGGACAGAGGAUAUAUUUCAAUGGUUGUUCAUGUGUAUCAGUGAAUGGAGAGGUUGUUAGCCGUGGACUACAGUUUGCACUUCAUGAUGUUGAAGUGAUAACCGCCACAAUAGACUUAGAAGACAUACGAUCAUAUCGCACAAAUAUCCGUUCCAGAAGCCACUUGGCCGCCUCUAACGUGCCAUUCCCUAGAAUCGCUGUAGACUUUGCUCUGUCAGAUGACGAAGACAUACAUCUCACUAUAAGCCCACCCAUAGAGUGGAAAUAUUUGACACCAGAAGAAGAAAUUGAAUUAGGUCCGGCGUGUUGGUUAUGGGAUUAUCUACGUAGAUCAGGGCAGGGUGGCUUUUUCCUUCCCCUCAGUGGGGGAGUGGACUCUACUAGCACUGCAUGUAUAGUUUUCUCCAUGUGUACUCAAAUAUGUGAAGCUGUACAGAAAGGAGAGAGUCAAGUUUUGUACGACGUUCGUAAGAUACUGUGUCAAUCGGACUACACCCCGUCCGACCCCAUGGAGCUGUGCAAUCGACUGCUGGUCACGUGUUACAUGGCCUCAGAGAACUCUAGCCAGGAGACCAAACAGAGGGCCUCUCAGCUUGCGAGUGAAAUUGGUAGUUAUCACUUUCCUAUAGUGAUAGAUUCAGCUGUGAGUGCCGUUAUAGGUAUAUUCACCACCGCCACGGGAUUGGUGCCGAAGUUCAGGACCAAGGGAGGCUGUCCGCGACAGAAUCUGGCCUUGCAGAAUAUUCAGGCUCGUCUCCGAAUGGUGCUAUCGUAUCUGUUCGCGCAGCUCAUGCUGUGGGUGCGCGGUAGACCGGGCGGUCUACUAGUACUGGGGUCAUCCAACGUGGACGAAGCGCUGAGAGGAUACAUGACCAAAUACGAUUGCUCCAGUGCAGAUGUCAAUCCCAUUGGAGGCAUCUCUAAGACGGAUUUAAAGUCGUUCCUGCAGUACGCUAAAAGCCGGUUCUUCUUACCGUCCCUCUCUGAAAUCCUCCAAGCGCCACCGACAGCGGAGUUGGAACCGCUGGCCGACGGUCAAAUAACUCAGACCGAUGAACAGGAUAUGGGCAUGACGUACGCGGAACUGUCCGAGUUCGGCCGCCUGAGGAAGAUGUACCACUGCGGACCGUUCAGCAUGUUCGAGAAGCUAGUGCACAAGUGGAAUAACAAGUGCACUCCGCAAGAGGUAGCGGAAAAGGUGAAACACUUCUUCCGCUGCUACGCCAUCAACCGGCACAAGAUGACCGUGCUGACGCCGUCGUACCACGCGGAGUCCUACAGUCCCGACGACAACCGGUUCGACCACCGGCCGUUCCUUUACCGCGUCCACUGGAACUGGCAGUUCAAAAUCAUCGAUGACACUGUCGCCCAGAUGGGUAAGGACAAACGCAUCAAGCAAGGUGACGCCACCAAACCGGAAUCCCCGUCAGGUUCGAGUGCGAACAUAAGCUUGAACUUCAAUAUGCGAAGGGAUAGAAAAGGCGUGCUCAUUUAAUUUCUUUGAAUAGCGUAGCAACAAGAGCUAUACUGGCACUUCUAGUCUAAGAUCCGGUACUAGAAAUGUAUACCCUCAUCUAUUACCUAUUUAUUAGUGCUAUGAAAUAAAUGGUAGAUAAUGUUCACGGUGACACAUUGCAAAUAGGUUUGCAAGUUAAAUAGUGGAGAAAAACAUUUUUCAAAUGCCGUGAUAGCCCAGUGGAUAUGACCUCUGGUCCGAUUCCGUGGGUUCGAAUCCGGUCCGGGGCAUUCUCAUCCAACUUUUUAGUUGUUUGCAUUUAAAGAACUUAAAUAUCACGUGCCUCAAAUGGUGAAGGAAAAACAUUGUGAGGAAACCUGCGUACCAGAGAAUUUUCUUAAUUCUCUGCGUGUGUGAAGUCUGCCAAUCCCCUUUUCGGUCAGCGUGGUGGACCAUUGGCCUAACCUCUCAUUCUGAGAGGAGACACGAGCUCAGCAGUGAGCCGAAUAUGGGUUGAUAAUGACAUUUUUCACACAGAAUCUAGGAAACUAUGAACUAGAUCAAAUGCAACCUAAUACAGCUAAAUUAAGCAUAAAAUAAGCUUUCAUUUGACUUAUUAGACGACUAAAUAAUUGAUGAGGGUAUAUAAAUAAAAUUACUUACUGUUUUCUUAUCCCAAUUAAAUAACAGAUGAGGGUAUAUAUUUUAUAAGUCGGAUCUUGUACUAUUCUGCUAAAUAUAAGAAUAAAGGCAUUACCCGGUAGGUAUUGCCUUUGUUUUGUUAUUAGUCUGCAUAUUGUUUGGCUACAAAUAGGGAUGAUGACAAUUUUCUAAAUUGUAUAUAAAUUAGGAGUAUGCUAAUAAAAAAAUAAUUUUGUAAAAGGAACAGGGUAUCUGCGAUCAUUACUUUCGGAGCUACAGGGAUUUAAAGGGUCAGAUUUGCGGCGCUGCCGCGGAUCCCUGAAAAACGCCCCAUACAAAAUGGUACGAUUUAAUGACGUCAUAGGUCAUUAUGAUCGUUAGAUAUAUAUGGGCGUUCAAACAUCAUUACUAAUAUCUUUAUUAUUUGUGCGUUUAUGUUUAUAGUUCAAAUAUUAAAAAAAUGUCACAUUUAAUGUAAGGAAGCUAAAACUGUAUGAAUUUCAUAUAAUCAAGAUUUUGAAAUCUUAUAAUCUUAUUUAAUUUGCAAAUAUCCAGUCAAUCUUUGCUUUUUAUGUAUAAAUUAGUUAACAUUGACCUUAUUUACCCGAAUGUAUUAUAAAAAUCAAUAUAUUCAAACCUAGUCAUCAUCCCUAUUAUAAAACGCAGUAACUGUUCUAGUAAACUAAUUCUUAGUUAUAAGGAAAGCUUUGAGUAUGUUGAUUUCUACUAGCGUUUGUUCUACAUCUUAACAAAUUGCGCAGCUUUUUAAUGUCUUGAGAAAGUGGUGUGCACAAGGUCUUAACUAAGGUACACUACGUACAAAUCCUACAAAAUGGUAAAUUCCUUCUCCAAUACGGGUUCGUAAUGUUAGAUUGAGGUAGACAUUGUAUUUUCCUUAUAUGAAGUGCACAACACAACUGACUUAUAAGUUCUAGCACAAUAACUAAUUAAAUAUCAGUAUGAGACUUAAGUUUGGUUAUAUGAUUAAAUUAAAUAUACUUAAUAGGUAUAAAUUAUAAUUUAAGGCAAUUUGCGCAUUUGGUAAUGCCAAUUUUUAAAGAAAAUGUGAUGUAGAAACGGUACAAAGGUUUGGUUUUUAAUUAGAACUGUUAUAUUAUUUUAUGUCACUGUUAGGUACUUCUUCCUUGUGAUUACUGGAAGAAAUAUAUUAAAGUCCGGCCGCUCAGAGAUUGCGUUUUUGACAGAUCGUGAGCGAAUGGGCGAUGCAACUUCGAACUGGCGUACAAGGUUGUUGGAUUGCGCUGUUUCAAGGUUAUGCCAACUGUUUGUCUUUGUAAUGAUGGGACAAAAUAACGAGGCAGUAGGGUAGUUGACUCAUAUCAAAUUGAAUAUAAACAAAAUUAUAAGUUUUCGUAUAGUUCAUGCAAUAAGGCUCCAAAAUAUAUCGAUGUCAAUCAAUAAAGUUAAGGAUUUCUUAUAAAACCUAAUUUAAAAAUCAUGUAUUUUUUAAAUUUUUCAAAUGUCAAAAAAAACGCUGUCGUCCAUUUUGUGACGUCACAAUGUUACUAGAUGUAGGCACUAAACUUCAAACUAAUAUUUUUGUCAAACGCUCCGUUUAUAAGAGAUUUGAUAACGUGACGUCAUGAAACAGUUGAAAUAUAGACCAUAAUGGCCGACAGACUAUUUUGGUCUAUAUUUCAUAAAAUAACAUUUAAAAAAAUAUGAUACUUUUUUAAUCUAUUAGAACGAUAAUGGACAAUUUAAGACCAUUUAAAAAAAGUGUCAACUAGCCUAUUAUAAUUGAAUAUGUUUGUCCCAUUCGAUCACGACCUGUCAGAAACGCAGUCUCUGAGUGGCCGGACUUUAGUGAUAGUUGUUAAAUAUUGUGAUAGAAUAAGAAUAUACCUAAUCGUUUUAUUGCUAAAAUGUUAAAAUGACUCACUCCAGGAGCGUUUUCGUGAUGCGAGUAGUUAUAUAACUUGGCAACUUCGUUCGUAACACUCCCGAUGUUCCGCGCGGGCCGGGGUGAAAAACCCACGACUGAUACACGUCACUUCCCCGCAUGCACGACUUCACACCCGCGCAGUCUUUCCCCCUGUCGCCCGCAUAUCAUGGGAGUGUUAUCAACGAUUAUAUGAAGGUAUUGUUUCCUUUGUACCUACGAGUAUAUUAUAAAUUUUACAAGUUGACUUGUUUGCACAACUGAUUAAAUUGUUUUAAGAAUUGAAUAAAUUAAAACUGUUACAAGUGGUAAA